AUGUCACGACCAGGCCUCCAACACCGGCCCUCGAGCAUCGCCGCCGCCAACAAAACCAUCAUCCUCGUGACGGGUGGCAAUGCAGGGAUCGGCUACGAGAUCGUCAAGUCCCUCGCGCAGAGUACCGCCGGCAACUGCCAGAUCUUGCUUGGAUGUCGUGAAACCUCCAAAGGAGAGGAAGCGGCAUCUUCGCUCGGUGCGCCCGUCAACGUCAACCCGAUCCAGUUGGACAUUGAGGACGACACUUCCAUCGACCGCGCGUUCCUGGCCAUCCAGCAGGUCUUCGGAAAACUGGAUGUCCUCAUCAAUAACGCCGGCACCGCCGCACAGUAUCUGUCGAAGGACGCGACGCUGCGCCAGAAAUUCGACCACACGUUCUCCGUCAACGUCACGUCCCAGGCCGUCUUGACGGAUCGACUGAAGCCACUGUUGGAGAAGGCGAAGCUGCCCAAAGUCAUCUUCGUGUCGUCGACCCUGGCGAGUUUGACAGAAACGCUCACAUGGAAGCCGGAGCAGGUGUAUUCGGGUUAUUGGUAUAAUUCCAGUAAGAGUGCUUUGAAUAACCUGGCUGUCUACUAUGCCACGACAAAUCCUGGUUGGAAGGUCAAUGCCGUGUGUCCGGGCCACAGGGCUACGGGCCUCAAUGGUUUGCCCAUGUCUGAUGAGAUGGAUCCAAAGCAUGGUGCCGUUCGGGUCGUGGAGUUGGUGGCUGAGGGACCUGAUGGUGUUUCAGGUACUUUUUCGAGAAAGGAGGGCAGAAUACCUUGGUGA